UCUUGACCGUAUUGACAGAAAACAUACACGGAUAGUGUCCCUCCUGCACCCAACACCACAGUCUGUAUUUUGCAACCGUCCUCCGCUUUCUGUUCCUACGACACUGUGUUGGUAUGUGUGUACCUUAAACCUUAAACCUCGAACAGAAGCUACCUUCGAAACUCAGAAGAAGCAAGGGGAUGUCGAUGUCAUUUUCAUCUUUCUCAGUAUCCUUCUCGGAAUCGUCCUUUAUCAGGCCCGCCUCUCUCUGCCAAACUCCUGCAAAAGUGUCACUUCGUAGCUUCCCGGAUGCAGUAGACAACUGUCAUUCCUUAACUAGUGGUCGCCUUGUGUGCUAUGGUGGGGCUGGCAAUUUCUGCAAAAGGUUUUAUGGCUUAAGAAUAUGGAUACUGGAGAGCCUAAACCUUCGGCGGAGGAAUAGAAAAUAUGGACCAGCAAAUGAGUUUAAGAGUAUAAGAAGUCAAGAGAAAGAUCAUUUAACGAAUCAUUUGGAAACAAUUUCAUCAUGUGAGGGACAAGUUAUACAUGUGCAAAAUGAUUCUAGUGAAACAACUCGAACAACUCCACAACCUGAAGAAAAUUCCUCCCCUAAUUAUCAACAUGAUGUCCCCGUGGAAGUUGUCACUUCUAUGGAAUUUGAAGCUGUUUUACAAACACAUUCCUCCAGUUUUUCAUUUGAGGGUAGUAAAGCACCCUCACUCUGCAUUGCUGUCAUAGGAGCUACUGGUGAGCUUGCAAGGAGAAAGAUUUUUCCAGCGUUGUUUGCUUUGUAUUAUAGCGGCUUUCUCCCGGAGAAUAUAGGUAUUUUUGGUUACUCAAGAAAGAAUUUGACAGAGGAAGAGAUGAGAUCCAUUUUAGCUUCAACUUUAACUUGCCGCAUUGAUCAUCAACAAAACUGUGGGGACAAGAUGGAUGCCUUUCUCAGAAGAAUAUACUACCUUAAUGAAGGUUAUGACAAUAGAUAUGGGAUGUCGAAGCUCAAUGCCCGGAUGGAGCAGAUUGAGGGGGAUUCUGAAGCUAACAGGAUAUUUUACCUUUCUGUGCCACAAGAAGCUCUUUUAGAUGUUGCAUCCUCUCUUGCUAGUAAUGCACAGACCCAAAAGGGUUGGAAUCGUAUAAUCAUUGAGAAACCUUUUGGCCUUGAUGCACUGUCAUCUUAUCGGCUGACACAGUCUCUUCUUACCAAGUUCAAGGAGAAGCAAAUAUACAGGAUUGAUCAUCUUCUAGGAAGGAACCUUAUUGAAAACCUUACAGUUUUAAGGUUUGCUAAUCUAGUCUUUCUGCCAUUGUGGAGCCGUACAUAUAUACGCAAUGUGCAGGUUAUUUUAUCAGAAGACAUGGGUGUGCAGGCAGGAAGGUAUUUUGAUGGUUAUGGCAUCAUCCGUGAUAUAGUACACAGUCAUAUACUCCAGACAAUAGCUUUGCUUGCCAUGGAACCUCCUAUAAGUCUUGAUGGUGAAGAUGUUCGAAAUGAAAAGGUCAAGGUUCUGAGGUCAAUUCGCAAAUUGGAACCUAGCGAUAUAACUCUUGGCCAGUAUAAAGCGAGUAGUGGAGACAAGGUUGAUGUAUGUUUGAACAGUCUGACCCCCACAUAUUUCGCUGCUGCAUUAUACAUUGACAAUGCACGCUGGGAUGGUGUGCCUUUCUUGAUCAAAGCUGGCUUGGGACUCAUCAAACACCGAGUGGAGAUACGUAUCCAGUUUCAUCAUGUUCCAGGAAACCUAUAUCGUAAAUGUCUCGGGCAUAAUUUUGACCUUGCCAGUAAUGAGCUGAUUCUACGUGACGCGCCUGAGGAAGCCAUUUUAGUCAGAGUUAACAAUAAGAUUCCAGGAUUAGGGUUGCAGUUGGAUUCUCCAGAGCUGAACUUGCUCUACAAGGACAAGUAUAAAGUGGAGGUGCCUGAUUCAUAUGAGCAUCUUCUUCUUGAUGUCAUUGAUGGGGACAACCAUCUAUUUAUGAGAAGUGACGAGCUUGCAGCUGCAUGGAAUAUUCUAGCUCCAGUUCUGCGUGAGAUGGACAAGAAAAAUAUUGUACCAGAGCUGUAUGAGUUGGGCGGUAGAGGUCCAGUUGGAGCAUACUAUCUUUGGGCCAAACAUGGGGUUCCAUGGCCAGAGGAUUAGCAAAGCUUUCUGUCGUGAGUUCUUGUUGCAAAUAACCAACUACACUAUAUAUUCACACACACACACACACACACGCACAUAUGUGUUAAUCAUUUCACCAUCAGGAAUAAAAUGGAUAGAACUGUCGAUUAUGGCUAUCAUGCAUAUUUUGGUUUGUCUCAAUGUGUUUGCUGGGUGGACAAAGUUCUCAUCCAAAAUGCUUCCAAUCCAGUCUAUUAAACUCAUAUUUGUUAUCAAAGCAAGUGAUUUUCACAUUCAUUUUAAAUUAGAUAUAAUUGGUUUUCAGAGUA